CCGAUGCAUACCUUCUAGCAAUAAGCAUAGCUAUCAAUCGGAACUUCGUCCUAAAGUUGUCAUGCUGCAGAAAGGAAAUACGUGUUAGGUUAGGCGUGAAAAUAAACAGGUGCCCGUGUAGCAAAUUGUGUGUCACACUAGUAAUGGAUGUUGCCCUUUCGUCGUCAGCAUUCGCGGGAGCGGCAGCUCAGCAGGAGGAUACCCAAGGACUGCCAAGCUACGCGCAGUUUAAGAAGCACGCAACGUUUCGAACGGACCUCACCGAUUUCGGUGUCGACAUUCGGCAGCUGAACCGGCUGCUCGCCGAGUGCAACUAUGGCAUCGCAGUGGGCGGCAUGGGGCUGGGCGACCUCCACAUCCUAUUCAACUCCAUCGCUAAACGCAUGGGAGUCCUGACGUACGACGGCGUGUUGCGGCUGUGCAGGUUGAUUCGCCCUCGACUAGUAAAGGUUGAGGCCGCCAUAGCCUCAGAGGAGUAUGAGGACGGGGCCGGGGGCAUGGGCGGCGUGCGUGCUGCUACGGGGGUGUCAAAUGCAUGGGCCGCUCCGGCAUCAACCUCACAAGCACGAGGAGGGGGCGGUCCGCUACGGCCCAGCAGUGCCGUACGCCGUGCAAUACAGCGUGCGGAAAGCGGUGCGGACUAUCCUGAAGCUGCCCGGGAGGCUAACGGUAACGGCGGGAGUGACAACAACGCCACGAACCACCAGCAGCAGCAGCUACCGGGGAGAAUGGUGUCGUUUAAGCAGUCCGAGCGGGAAGGGGACACGGGGACCAGCGCCUCGGGACCGCCAGGGCCCUCCCUGCACGUCCGCCCAGCCAGCGCCAGCCGUCUACUAGUGCCGGCUUCCUCCGGCGCGGACGCAGGGCCCUCCACGUCGGGUCGGAGUGUGCUGCCGGACGGCUUGAACGGCCUGAUGACGCUGAAGGACCCUCCGGUACUGCUGCGGGAGCAUCUGUCGCCGCCGCACUGCUCCUUCCCCGCCAUUGCGGCGCGCAUCGCCGGCAUACAGGUGCUGUACCGUGACGGCGAGAUGACGCGCGUCGCGCUGUCCCUGCGGGACGUGCAACGCGACUGGGAGGCGGCGAUCCUGGCGGGCGGGCUGUCGCAGGCCAUCCGAAGACCCACGGGUCACCCGGCACCCGGCUCCUCGGCAGCCGAGGCGGCGCUGAUGGCGCGCGGGGAGAUCCCGUCUGAGGGGCGGCUGUGGCUACUGCUGAUGGAUGCGUGCUGCCGGAUGAUGGAGGGGCGGCAUGCCAGCGCGCGGAAGCGGCUAGUGGCUGCGGAGAAGAUCUUUGGCGAUAGCUCCCUGGGUGUGGACCACCCCUACCACUACUGCAUCCACCUCUUCUUCGGCCUGCUGGGUUACUACGAGCAGAAGUACGAGGAGGCCAUUGCCAAGUUUGACAGCGCUCGGGAGCUUGCGGAGCUAGUGUGCCGGAGGGCCUUCAACCUCACGGCGCGCCGCAAUGCAGCCGCCUGCCUCAACAACAAGGGCGUGUGCCACUCGCUGCUGGGCAACCGCUCCGAGGCCGUGACGGCCUUCCGCGCGGCCCAUCAGAUGCUGCGGCCCUCAGGCGGGGUGCCCGAUGUGCCGGAGGCGGUGGUCACGCAGCGUAACCUCAAUAAGGCCCUGAAACAGGGCUUUGCAGUAAACACGUCACGGUUACGGCCCGUCAGCGCUCCGCCACUGUACAGCAACGUUGGGUCGACGUUGCCCCAGAAGCAGAAGCUGCUGGCCUUCUUGCAGUCGGCCAUUACCAUCAAGGCGCCGGAACCAGUGAUCACGACGCCGGCCUGGUGCGUCAAGGUAACGGCGGACGACAUCAUCGCCCGGAAGAAGGCCAAGGAGGCGGAGAAGAAGGCCAAGGCGAAAGCGAAAGAGAGGGGGAAGAAGCCUGACAAGAAGCUUGCAAAGGCGCCAGCCUUCGAGGCCAUGGAUACCUACCCCUUUGCUUCGUACGGCGUGGCGAAUGUCAAGCUGGCUGUUAAGAAGGGCAAAAAGAAGAAGAAAGC